UUAUUUCUCCAAACCUGCUGGGUCCGUAAGACUGAAGCAUUAACUCAGGGAACCCAGCAGAAGACGAGCACCCGAAUUCCCAGCCCUCAGUUAUUUGCCCGUGCCCUACUACUUGAAAGCUAGCUAAACAAAUAAACUAAGGUGAGAAUAUUUUUCUGUGGGAUUCCUCACCCCGUCCUUAGUUGGGGGAUAAUUGGAGGAGCGAUUUAAAGAGUGGUCCUUUAAAUCCCACCCUGACGUCACCACCUGGAGUCCCCGCCCUCUCCACCAAAGGUUCAGACUAAGACCGUCUGAAGAAGCGCGGCUGCUGCUAGAACGCUGCUCCGGGUAGAAGACUGGAAGGAAAAAGGAGGGCAGAAUAAAGAGGGAACGAGAAUCUUGGUGUCUGUAAUGCUGUUGCUACAAAGAGCUGCUGUCUCUGGCCUUAGAAAUUCUAGGUUUGACAGGUUGAUUGUCCCAAAGCUGCAUCCCCAUGUCUGCUUUACUAGUGAUCCCUCUCAUCUCCAAAGCCCCAAACCUCACUUUUCUAAUGGCAGCACUGCUUCUGGAUACUGGGCAGUUGCAGGGGCACUGCUGGGCGUUGGGGCUGUACUGGCCUAUGGAAACCAUAGAGAAAAGGCUGCCGAAGAUUCACUACCUGUAUACACAAAGGCAGAAGUGAAGCGUCAUAGAAGUCUUGAGACACGGGUCUGGGUAACCUUGGGUCAUGAGGUCUUUGAUGUCACAGACUUUGUAGCCAUCCACCCAGGUGGACCAUCUAAAUUAUUGCUUGCUGCAGGGGGACCACUGGAGCCUUUCUGGGCUCUCUAUGCAGCACACAACCAGCCACAUGUUCGUGAGCUCCUAGCUGAGUAUAAAAUUGGGGAGCUAAGCCCUGAUGAGGAAAGAUCUUCUGACCAAGUUUGCACUGAUCCUUAUGCCAGUGACCCUCCCAGACACCCUGCUUUGCAGAUCAACAGCCAGAAGCCUUUUAAUGCAGAACCACCCCUUGAGCUCUUGGGUGAGAGCUAUAUCACACCCAAUCCUCUCUUUUUCACACGAAAUCACCUGCCUGUACCCACCAUAGACCCUGCCACAUACCAUCUGCAAGUGGAAGGGCCCCCAGGUGGUCAGACACUGAGCCUGUCACUAGAUGAUCUCCGCCGCUUCCCCAAGCACCAGGUCACAGUCACCCUGCAGUGUGCUGGGAACCGUCGAAGUGAGAUGGCCCAAGUUAAGUCUGUAAAAGGGUUAAACUGGGGGGCAGGAGCCAUUAGCACCGCCCAGUGGGGCGGUGCCCGGCUACGAGAUGUUUUGAUCCAGGCUGGCCAUUCACCCUCUGGCUCUGAAGCCCAUGUGUGUUUUGAAGGGCUGGACUCUGACCCCACAGGGACAGCCUAUGGAGCCUCCAUUCCCCUGGCUCGGGCCAUGGAUCCUGAAGGUGAUGUUCUGCUGGCUUAUGAGAUGAAUGGGCAGCCACUGCCCCCUGACCAUGGUUUCCCAUUAAGGGUGGUGGUGCCUGGUGUAGUGGGUGCCCGACAGGUCAAGUGGCUGGGAAAGGUAAGCAUCAGCCCUGAGGAAAGUCCUAGCCAUUGGCAACGUCGUGAUUACAAAGGCUUCUGUCCCUCAGUAGACUGGGACAAAGUGGACUUUGACUCUGCUCCAGCCAUUCAGGAGCUCCCUGUCCAGUCAGUUAUCACAGAACCCAGGGAAGGGCAAACAAUAGAGCCUGGGGAGGUGACCGUGAAGGGCUAUGCUUGGAGUGGGGGCGGCAGGGCUAUAAUCAGGGUGGAUGUAUCUCUGGAUGGUGGCCUGACCUGGCAAGAGGCAAAGCUGGAAGGGGAGGCACAGGCACCAAGGAGAGCCUGGGCAUGGCGACUGUGGCAGCUGACAGCACCAGUACCUACUGACUGGAAGGAACUGAACAUUAUAUGUAAGGCUGUGGAUGAUGGAUACAAUGUGCAGCCUGACACUGUGGCCCCUAUCUGGAACCUUCGAGGUGUGCUCACCAAUUCUUGGCACCGUGUCCAUGUUCAGGUAGCCCCGUAAAAAACAAUUACUGCAGCCUUGACACCCUAUAAACCACCCUUCUCAAUCUCUUACCCUUCCAAACUAUUUCCGUCUUGAAUUCUUCCCUUUUCUAUAGACAUUCAAAAACUCCUCUAUCCUCUGGUUUUCUAUCCUUCUCAGACUCUAUCUCUGGGAUAGCCCCACCCCUUCCCCCUUCCACAAAUAUAAAUAUAUAUCCCCUUCCCUAACCACCUCCAGGCAUACACAUUUCCAAUCAUGCCUUCCUCCUAACUUCAAGGACUGGUACUUAUGAUUUUCUCUAAAUUUAUUCCAUUGUGAUAUCUACCUCAUACUCUGUGGUCCUUCAGACUCUUCCUUGAGAUUGAGUUGGAAGCUGUCUGGACAGAAGUUGGAACUGGACAGAAGUAUCAGUCAAUGUAAUAACACCUGCCACCACCUCUUCUCUCUCCAGUCUUUUAAUUUCCCUGUCACCUCUAGGGCCUUAUUUUGUCUUCCAUUUAUACAUAAUGUAUAUAAUGUUGAUGUUUAUUUUACCUGUCCCCAGCUCCCAGGGCAGAAGAGACUGUGAAGAAAAAGGGGAUUGUAACCCCUUCUUUUUUUUAAAAUUAUAUCAAUAAAGUUUCUGUUUAUUCUGCUUA